AUGAUUGACUCGUGCCCAAGUAGCGCUUUAAACGAGUUCCGCUUAAGUGAAGAACAGAUCAUCGAAAAUUUUACGCGCAACCGAAAUGGUUCUAAACAGGACGCGCCACAGUUGCUGUGUGCCCCCAAGAGGGACGAUGACCCUCUCAAUGAAUACCCUCACCUGCGCUCACCUGACGAAGUGGAAAAACGCAGAAUGCCAGUCCUUGCACCUGGCAGAGUUCUUCCCCCUGCCGAUCGCGUCACACAUAACUCCAGCAAUUUCGAUGACGCCCGCGGGAUGGACUACCCCAUUGAAAGCCUACUACGCAAAAUCAGGAACUUAGAAAAUGAAAAAAAAUACCUACUGAAGUCUUUGGAGAAUAAACAAAACGUGGAAUUGGAGUAUAGGAAGGCACUCGAGACACAGGCCGCAUUCGUCAGCGCAGAGAAUAAAAAGUCCCAAUUCUACGAAAACGAAUGGCUGCACAUGAAGUCAAAGGAACACUCGUUCAUGACCUCCGGGAGAUCCCCCCUGAGGCAGACGCUGGAGUUGUUCUACGAAGAUGAUGACCUGUACAAGAAAUUAGGAAGACUCACCAGCACCCAGGAAACCUUCAUCGCUAACUUGAUCGAGGACCAUAAGAACUUGGCCCAGGAAAGGAACUCCAUUUCGAGGAAGUACCAGGAGGCAGUGGACGCCAACUUCCAACUCUACCAACAGAACGAAAUGCUCAAAGCGCAGAAUAUAAACCUCGUGGAAAGGAACAAAGACGCGAUAGAUCAACAAAUGGAAGAAAAAUUAGUCGCGCUGAAUGCCUCGUUAAUUCAUGUCCAGAAGGAAAACAUACAACUCAGGGAAACAGUAGACCAGUACACACAGCUCAUCGAGAACAUAGAAAAAUGCCCCGAAGUGAAUUCCAUCAAGGAGGAGUUGAACAAGUUUAAAAAAUAUUUGCUAAAAUGA